CUGAGCCAAUUAAGAAAAAGGAAAGCACAAGAACAACUGUCUCCAUAUAGUCAGGAUCUAGUUAAUGAGGACGGAAGUGGAGAAGCAGAACACGAUACAAAUGCCAAGCCGCUCAGAAGGGCAAGGAUAAAGAAAAACCAGCCAUUAGAUAAAUCUUCACUGAAGGGAAUUUUCGGGAAUGUUGUGCUGUCGGGAGAACCAAAAGAUUCUCGCAAGGCACAAAUGAGUGAGAUGAUAGCAGGAUUGAAUAGCUCCUUUCUAAGAGCUGUUCAAAUAAUUUUGAAAAAGCAGAGUAACAAAGAUCUUAGAUAUUUAUUUGACCAAUACUGUAAGUUUAUGAAAGAUAUAGAAGAAAACAACCAGUAA